CAUUCCUGUUCCUAGCUAUACUUUCUAUUUAAUCUUCUUCCUAGAUAACAAAUCAGAUGUUAAAAGAUUUUAAAAAUUAUAGAAUAGUGAUUUUAAUCAGCUUAAUACACACAACAAUCAAAAGUUUAUAGGAUUUUUUCCUCAUCAACAAUUUAACAUUCGUUCUGCACGCAAAGAAUCAUAAACCCUAGCUUCUAAUUCUCGAUCAAUACUCUUCAGGUACUAAAUUUCUCAUAUGAAUUCUUAAACGUCCGAGUUUUUUGCUGUUCAUAGACGCUCUUUAUCUAAUUCUUUCAAUCCGUUUUCAUUGAUCACUGAUUAGGUUUUCCUUAGAGGAUUCAAUGUUCAAUAUUAUAACGUAUUGAGUGUUCGAUUUGUGAAAUGCCUGAACUGUAUAUAUCUAUAUUGAGAUGACAACCACUGCAAUUUUGAAUUAUGUACAAAAUUUAUGGCCGUUUGCUAAGAUUAUAAAUGAUGAUUUACGAUUAUCGGAUCGAUUAGUGAGUGGACUGGAGAUACCAGAUGAGACGAAACGGUUUGUGUUUGCGUUUUGUGAACCGGAAUCACAGGCGGUGAUCUAUGUGCUCUGUGUUCAGAAUUUGUCCGAAAAAUCAGCCGUUGACGCUGAACGUCUUGUUAGAUGCGUUAAACCGGGUGCGGUUGUGGCUCAAGUCAAGGAGGUUGAGUUUCAUGAUGAUGAAGGGUCGAUUCCGACGUCUUCGUUACAAGUACUUAAAAGAUGUUUUCUUCAAAGAAUCGGAAAAGAAAAGUACGAAAAUGUGGCUGGGAGUUUAGUGUUGAAAGAAAUUUUCGGUGUUGGAUUUAAUGGACAUUUUUCGGCUGCAAAACGAACAGCUGAAGAAGUUGGUUCUUCGUUUUUGAUGCUCGAAUCGCCUUUUGUGAAUAUCGAAAGUGAUCGCGGUCCGUCAAAUGAGGUUGAGUCAGGUAAUUCUCAAGGUUUCGGUUUACAGCCUAUUAAUAACUUGAUACCACAAAAGGCGAGUUCGUUUAUUCCAUCGGGGUCAAGUAGAUUUGUCAUUUCAGAUGAUUACCUUCAUUCUGCGGUUUUGAAAUCAUCAAUAUCUCAUUUGAUUCAGUUAAGCUGUGAUCAGAACACGGGUCCUGUGAACGUUCAAUUAAAAGACGAUUAUGAGGUCCCUGAGUAUGCUCGUUCUGUUUACCCUUUACUUGAAGAUUUGUACAGAAUGUUUAUAGAAAUACCGUCACUUAAAAAGGCUUUAGCUUAUGCGCAAAAAAUGCUUCAUGACGUCAACAAAGGAGACGAUAUUGAUACGCAACUUCUUUCAGAAGUUUAUGCGUUUAGAAUUGCGGUCGAGGGGUUACGGAUCGCUCUCAAUAACGCGGGUCGAGCGCCUGUAAAAAAACCUCGAAACGGUCAACCGUGUAACGUUGACUUUUCUUCUCUCCCUGAUGAAGAAAAGUCACACGCACUUGUUGCACACGCGAUCCGUAGUCAAACAAAGAGUUUUAAGUCAGUAGUUGCGGUUUUAGAUGCUAGCACUCUAGCCGGUUUGCGGAAACACUGGAACACCGUGGUUCCUAACGAGAUCAUGGGCACGGUUGACGAGCUGGUCGCUGAGUCAGCAAACAAUGGCGAAACCGCCAAUCACCGUGAGAAAAAAAGAAAGUUAAAAAAUAAACCGGUAGUGGCGGUUGGUGCAGGCGCAACAGCUGUAAUAGGAGCUUCAUCGCUCUCUAAAGUUCUACCAGCUUCAUCGUUAGUAAAAGCUGUUACGUUCAAAGUUCCGUUUUCAUUAAAACUAAUAAUGACACAAACCCAAAAGCUCGUUUCGAUAUCAAUCAGCAAAAUUCUCGGUCCCACAAAAAUUAUAUCUCCAUCUUCAGUGAAAGCAGCUGCUUCUGCAGAGAAGAUUAGAACCGUUGUUCAUAGUGUUAUUGCAUCUGCUGAAAAAACAAGUCUUUCGGCAAUGAGAUCUGCUUUUUAUGAAAUAAUGAGGAAAAGACGAGUUCGUCCAGUUGGGGUUCUUCCAUGGGCCACAUUUGGGUGCAGUAUGGCUACUUGCAUGGGUUUGCUUGUAUAUGGAGAUGGUAUUGAAUGCGCGGUUGAAUCUGUUCCGUCUGCACCUUCGAUUGCGUGUUUGGGUCGUGGGGUUCAAAGUUUACAGCAAGCGUCACGACUAGUUGAACAAAGUGAAAUCUCGAGAGUACAGAAGUCUAUCGAAGCGCUUUUCAACAGGUUUAAAAUGUGGAAACUUGCCCCAUGAUUAUGCUGACUGGCAACUGACUUCUGACAAUUUGGACACAGAGACACAGAGUUGAGAGUACAGAGUCACAGAUAUCUAAACUGGGCCUUUAUUUUUACUUUAGACUGACGGUUGGGCCUUAAGUACGUAUGACGGUCAUAAUGGGCUCAAGAUAAACUGAUUAUAUUGUUGAGUUAUAAAAUUUAUAUUUAUGUAAAGCUUGUAAAAUUAUUUGUCCUCAUCCUGUAUA